AUGAACAGCUAUAAGUACAUUCUUCAGAAAAAAUCCCCCCUUUGUAAGGCAUUACAAUGCUUGCUUCAGAUGUUCUCCGUUCCAUCUGAUCACAUUAUUGCUGAAGGAGAACAUUUUGCAGUAAAGGCUGGAUCUAAAAUACAUAUUGGAGUUCUUCCAGUUCUCAGCACACUUCGCUCUACCACAACAGAUGCUGCUUUACAAGCUUUUGUUGGAACAGAUGCCGAAGUAUACCCUUUGGUGAACCAAUGGGUUUCAACUGCAGUUCUUCUUUCCGUUGAUGCCACUUGCGAUCGUUCAGGUGUUUCUACGCCUAUUACCAAGCACAUCUUUGCCGAAAUUGAGAAGUCUGUGGAAAGUUUUGAUUUAAAGAAGAGUUUUUUGGUGGGAACACCACGUGCGACAGUUGCCGAUUUUCUACUUUAUGCAGCUAUUCAUGGACAUCCUGAUGCCAUGAAAGAAGCGCAACCUUCAACCAUGGCUUGGUCAUUACAUGCCCAAAAUGAUCCUUAUCUUAAGCCUAUUCUUUCUGAAGCAGCGAUAGCGGAAGCCGAAGCAAAGCUGGCUAAUGCACAGAAAUCGAAAAAGCCAGUGUUUGUAAAACCCUCUGAAGAGGAAAUCUUACGUCGUCGCUUGGAGAAGGAAAAAGAAAAACAAGAGAAAUUGGCAAAGGCAGCAGCUGCUGGUGGUGCUGCUACGUCAUCAUCGUCAGAUGCAAAGGAAGCAAAGGCGCAGCAGUCGAAACAAAAGGAACCUGCAUCACUGGAUCCCAAUACUCUUGAUAUUCGUGUGGGUCGAUUCACAAACCUUAAACGACACCCUGACGCAGAUCGUCUUUAUGUUGAAGAGAUGGAUCUUGGUUCAGAGAAACGCACUAUUGUCUCUGGUCUUGUGGAACACUACAAGCCUGAAGAGCUGGAAGGAACGUUAUGUCUCGCCGUUUGUAAUAUGAAGCCAAAACCCUUAAAGGGUGUUACUUCACAUGGUAUGGUGUUGUGUGCCUCUAAUGAAAAAACACUGCGCCUUGUUCGACCACCAGAAGGAGCACAGCCAGGAGAUCGUAUUCUUUUUGCUGAUGUUUUUGAUGCGGAACGUCUAAAGGAGACGAAACAGUUGUCUGGUAAUGCCAUGAGCGAAUUAAUUGGAUUCCUUCGUACAGACAGCGAGGGUGUUGUACGUUGGCGCGAUAUUCCUGCACUACAUGCUGCUGGUAUGCUCAAGGUUCCAGAAGUAACAGACGCUGUCGUCAAAUAA